CCAUCACUACCUACCUACCUAGACCGCUUCUUUGCUACAUUAUCAACAUGGCAGAACAGUACGGAUUGGGAGACCCCCUUUUUGAUCCUCAGGAGGCUAAAAUAGACAUCGUCUUCAUACAUGGACUCGGUGGCAAUAGGACCAGUACUUGGACAUGGGAGGGAGACGGUAGGAAACUUUUCUGGCCGAAAGAUCUACUGCCGCAAGACUGUCCAACAGCUCGAAUUCUUUCUUUUGGUUACAAUGCUGAAUUCGCCCACUUCUUUCCUUUCUACGGGCCGAAAUUUAUGCCAGAGAAGUCAACCAUCGACAACCAUUCGACUGCGCUAUUACGGAGCCUGACUGGCUUGCGUGACAAAACUAAGACUGCAAAUCGCCCAGUGAUUUUCGUCUGUCAUAGCCUUGGAGGCCUUGUUUGCGCCAACGCACUGUCAAGGUAUCACGGGGCGGACCUAGCCAGCGCCGGCCUCGUGGAGAAAACAGCUGGGGUUGUCUUUCUCGGAACACCGUUCGAAGGAACUUCAAAGGCGAAGUGGGCCGGGAGGGCGCUUAAAGUCUUAGACUGGGUAAGCACAACGCACAAGGAAGAUGUGAAGGAUCUAGAAGAGCGUUCGGCAAAUCUCACGAAUAUCAACGAUACUUUCCAGAAGUUUCUCAAAGCACGGGACCGGUCAGAAACAGGACAGUUUGUCGAGGUAGCCUGUUUCUUCGAGCAGUAUGCCAUGUACAAGGCUGGGAAAAAGAUUGGAAUCAUCGUACCUAAGGAGUCAGCUUGUCUGCCCGGUAUCGACCCGCAGUCGAUCCAAGCCAACCACGUUGACAUGUGUAAGUUCGAGGAUGACGACAGGGAGGGAUAUAAAAACAUUUCGCAACGGUUAAGUCAAUGGAUAUCGGAUCUUGACGGGCCGCUUAAGGGUUCUACUGCUAAAACCCAGACACACUCGGUGUACAUGGGCGACGUCAACUAUCGCGACAAGAUUGAGAACAACCAGGGGGUGGUAAUGGGCCAUGCCUACAGCACGGCCACAGACGGGGUCAGAAUAAUCGGGAGCACCCACAAUACAUACAACGGCGUUAACCCGAAUAAUUUGUAGCCGAACGCUGGGUAGGAAAGAGUGCACGUUGUCGCACUUGACUUCGUCUCACGUGAUCCUGCGUUAAGGUGAAUGUGGGUCCUUGUGUUGCACUAGUAACCUAUCCAGGGCCAGCACCUACUACUUUGGACUAGCGCAGCUUUGUAUGAUAUAUAUCCACCUGGAGCUCCUCCAGGUUCCUCAAACUUUACACAAUCGCUCCAUCUUGGC